AUGGUCCCCACAGUCAUCAACAUCGAAGGUUGUGCAACCAUCAGCACGGUUGCCGAGCGCGCUACUCUCCUCGUCGGCGUCUUCGACUCUGGAUAUGACAAGGACUCAGUCUCCAAGAACGUGGUGAAUACGGUCAACAGCCUGCAGGCAGAGCUCGACCUACUCUGCCCUCGUCUUGAGAAUGGAGACAUCUCACCCGAAGCUCCUGUCAGCUUCUUCUCGAUCUCGAGCCUAACCACGUCAAGCCGCGAGGAGCGCGCCGAGGAUGACCAGGGCCGCUUAGCUCGACGGACGGGCAAGGACAUCUAUACGACCAAUACCAACUUGGACAUCCGGUUCCGAGACUUCGGCAAACUCGGCCAAAUGGUGGUGCAGCUCUCCUCCACACCGUUGGUCCAGGUCAAGGGCGUCACAUGGAAACUGACCGAGGAGAAGCGAACCGCGCUGCAGGACCAAGUCAGGAUGGACGCCCUCCGCCGCGCGAUCCAACGAGCACAGAGCUACGCGCAGAUUAUCGGCCGCAGUAACACCGUCACGCCGGUCAAGAUCCAGGACCAUCCAGAGUCCCAGCCGACAGGUCGGGCCAAGCAGAGGGUUCGCAUGCAAAUGGCCGCGUCUCCAGCCUUGAGUUUGGGCGGCGGUAUCGACUUUGAGCCGCAGCUGAUCGAGGUCAGCGCCAAACUGGACGUUGAGUUCCAUGCAGAAUAG